AUGCCUUCGCGUCGCAGUCAUACAAAGUCCCGUAAGGGCUGCCUUCAUUGUAAGCGAAGACAUGUCAAGUGUGAUGAAGGAACCCCGAAAUGUAGCUUGUGCAGGAAGCGAAAGCUACAAUGCAUAUAUCCGCCACCGAGUGCGGAUGCCGAUGGCCAAUAUCCACCCACCCCCCAAGACGGUGUGGAGACCACGUCAAACUCCAAUGAGUCGCCAUUACCCAUGCGAAUGGUUGAGAUGAGACUGUUCCAUCACUACCUGACUGAGUCUUAUAUCACCAUGUGUCAAGGGAAUUUGGAUGCCAAUCAUUUUCAGUCCAUCGUCCCGCGCAUGGCCAUGUCGCAUCCGUACCUUCUUGAUAGUCUACUGGCGUUCUCGGCUCUGCACCUGGCGUCGCUUGAGGUAGACGAGAAACGCCAGUGGCUAGAAACUGCCCUCAUGUAUCAAAAUCGAGCCUGUUCAGCUUUGGGACAGGUGCUGGCGGGUUUCUCGCUGGAGAGUUGCGGCCCGGCUUUCGUUAGUUCCAUCUUCAUCAUGCUGUGCGCAACCGCCUACCCUUGUAUCUCUCAGGAUAGCCAUACUAUUGAUCCUCUUGCCCAUAUACUGGAAACGCGUCAGUUAAUUGCCGGUUGCUCUUUUCUGUUCCAGCAGCUUGGUCAGGCGGAGAACCUGGGGGAAAUGAAAGGCUGGUUGCAGUACACUGAACCCGACAAGCCUGAGCCGGCCAACGAGCAAGAAGAGAAGCCGGGUUCAGAACUUGUGCGACUGCGAGGGGAACUCUUGGGCUCUUUAGACCAACUCCGAGGGAACAUUGACCAGAUCGAAGAGCCCCGUAAAGCGGCCUAUCUUCAUACCUGGGAGUUCCUGCAGGCAGCGGUCAAGCAAUGGCCAUUCGGCGGACCUAACGGGGGCAUACUUGCGUUCCCCAUCAAUAUCGGCGAGUCAUACAUUGAAUUGCUAAAGGACGGUGAAUGGAUGGCUCGCAUAUUUGCUCUUGGUUCUCCCCUUGAGCUUGCAUCGCGUCGAGAUCGUCAGGGCGGUCAUGGCUUCCAUGACCUUGAAGAGGGUAAGCGGGGCGCAGUUGCCAGCGAGAGCGCCAUCUGCAGUCGCCAAGGUACAAAGAUGUUGGAAUUAGGUGGAAAUGCAGCCGAUGCCAUGGUUGCGACUACUUUUUGCGUUGGCGUCAUCGGCAUGUAUCACAGUGGAAUUGCAGGAGGUGGUUUUCUGCUGGUGAAGUCCCCAAAUGGAACAUUUGAGUUUGUCGACUUUCGCGAAACAGCGCCAGCCGCCGCUUUUGAGGACAUGUUCAACAAUACUUCGGACGCCUCAACCCGAGGCGGUCUAGCUAGUGGGGUGCCGGGUGAACUACGAGGUCUGGAGUAUCUCCAUAACAAGUACGGUGUUCUUCCUUGGGCAACCGUCGUGCGACCCGCUAUCAAAAUUGCUCGCAACGGUUUCCCGGUCACCGAAGAUUUAGUUCGCUACAUGGAAUCGGCCGUUGGUGAUGGCGAGGACUUUUUAUCAAAGGAUCCGACGUGGGCUAUCGACUUUGCCCCGAAUGGCACGCGACUUGGUCUUGGAGAUAUCAUCACUCGCAAGCGAUAUGCCAAUACCCUGGAAACUAUUGCCAAUGAAGGAGUGGAUGCCUUCUAUUCUGGUCCAAUCGCUGAGAAGAUGAUCCAGGCGGUGCAGGCCGCCAAUGGCACCAUGACACUAGACGACCUUCGCAAUUACACCGUUCUUAUCCGAGACGUGGCGCAGAUUGACUAUCGAGGGUACAAGAUCACAAGCACGACUGCUCCAUCCAGCGGCAUCGUCGCCAUGAAUAUCUUGAAGGUGCUGGGCACCUACGAUCAAUUUUUCACUGCGCAGAAUGUGAAUCUGAGCACCCAUCGCUUGGAUGAGGCAAUGCGAUUUGGAUACGGUCUGAGAGCAAACUUAGGCGAUCCACUUUUCCUCGAUGGACUGGAUCAAUACCAAAAAGACAUGCUCAAACAAUCCACGAUCGAUGAAAUUCGCCACAAAUUAUCCGAUUUGCGCACACAGAAUGUAUCGGUCUACGACCCGGAGGGAUAUGAGAGUCUCGAGACACCUGGAACUUCGCACAUUGCUACUGCAGAUCACACCGGGCUAGCUAUUUCCGAAAUCACCACCAUCAACCUGCUUUUCGGUAGCAAGGUCAUGGUGCCGGAGACCGGUGUCAUCAUGAACAAUGAAAUGGAUGAUUUCUCAGUUCCUGGCUCAUCCAAUUCUUUUGGGUACAUUCCUUCAGAAGCGAACUUCAUUCGACCUGGGAAACGUCCCCUAUCAUCUAUCACUCCCGCUAUCGUUACACGCCCUAAUGGAACUGUAUUCUUCAUCGCUGGAUCCGCAGGAGGUAGUCGAAUCAUUACCGCGACUGUCCAGAACAUCAUCCAUGCUGUCGAUGAGGGUCUGUCUGCCGCAGAGGCUUUGGCUAAACCACGUCUACACGAUCAGCUUGUUCCGAACCAGAGCAGCUUUGAGUAUGCUUAUGACAAUGCCACCGUUGCUUUCAUGAAAGCUAGAGGCCACAACGUUACUUGGGUUGCGCCGGGGGGCAGCACUGCCCAGGCCAUUCGAGUAUUGCCGAAUGGAACAUUUGAUGCGGCUGGGGAGCCGAGACAACUGAACUCUGGAGGGUUUGCCGUUUAA